CUAUUCAUCUGUUUUUAUAAGGUCACUUUCUGCAGCAACUGUGAUUUGUUGUGUGUUGGCCGCCUCAAUUACGCGAAUUAUCAUUUACUAUCAUUUAUUGUUAACUUAGCGAUUAAAUAUUCUUUGUUUUUGAUGGCCCUCAAUCUGAUUCGUUCGAGCUUGCUGGCCGGCAAAGCUAGUGUCGGGGUUCGAUAUUCUCAUCACGCGGCCCAUAAGUUUAGUAAUGCAUUGAAAAGUGGUGGCCAAACAAAUGUCACCGAACUGAGCAACGGAAUUCGUGUGGCUACCGAACAGACUAAUUCCCCAUCGGCAACCGUUGGUGUAUGGAUUGAUUCGGGCUGUUCGAGCGAACCCAAAGAGUUGAAUGGUAUUACUCAUUUCAUCGAACAUCUUCUGUAUCGAGGAUCGAAAAAUCGUGCCAAGAAACAACUCGAAAAAGAUAUGCAUGGUUUGGGCGCCAUCCUCAAUUCCCACACACAACGAGAUUCAUCGGGUUUUUAUAUGACUUUGGCACCCAAAGAUAUGGCCAAAGCGGUCGAAAUUCUUGCCGAUCUGAUUCAGAAUCCGAUCCUGAAUGCGGAUGAAAUCGAAUCGACUCGAAAAUAUAUUCUCAACGAACUGAAUGAAUUGGAAAGUAAUUAUGAACAGGUCACCAUGGAUCAUUUGCAUUCGGUGGCCUAUCAGCAGACACCGUUGGCACAAUCGAAAUAUGGUCCCACUGCAAACAUCGAACGAUUCACCAAAGCCGAUAUUGAACGCGGUUUGGAUCUCGUAUUCAAAGGGCCACAAAUGAUUGUUGCUGCCAGUGGCCCAAUCAAUCAUGAUGAAAUUUGCAAAGACAGCGAGAAGCAUAUGAAGAAUGUGACAAACAUUUUCGAGAAAAAUAUGAUUCCAGGUUUGACGGCUAAUCGUUAUACCGGUAGUGACAUUCGUGUUCGUGAUGAUUCGAUGCCAUGUGCCCAUGUCGCCAUUGCCGUGCAAGGACCUGGUUAUUCGGAUCCGGAUUUUAUUGCCAUGGAUGUUGCAGCAUCUCUGAUGGGUCGAUGGGAUCUGACGCAUGGUGGUGGCAUGAAUGUGUCCUGUUAUAUGGGCAUGGUUUCCAACAUGGAUCAUUUGGCGCAAUCAUUUCAAUCGUUCAAUCUGAAAUACAAGGAUACGGCACUUUGGGGAAGUUACUUUGUUGGCGAGCGAAUGCAAUUGGAAGAGUUCAUCUGGCAUCUGCAGACACAAUGGAAACGAUUGUGUAUCGAAGUGGCCAACAAUGAAAUCCGGAUGGGCAAAAAUACCCUGAUGACCAAUUUGAUUUGUGAACGUGAAGGUUCGGCUAGCAAUGCCAACAGCAUUGCUACCGAUAUAAUGCGAUUUGGUCGUCGAAUCACAUUGGAAGAAUGGGCCGAACGAAUCAAUCGAGUCAAUUCGGCCAAGAUCCAUAGUUUGGGAGAGAAUUUCAUCUGGGAUCGUUGUCCAGUGGUGGCAGCCGUUGGACCAGUGGAAAAUCUUCCGCUCUAUGAAGAACUAAGAAUGAAAAUGUCCUGGAUUAAAUAUUAGAUUAUAAUUAUAAUGAUGAUGAAAUAAAUAUUUGUAAAUUAUUUUA